UACGUCACUCUUAGUCGAUUUUUGGUAGCCGGUGUGUUUUCGGCAGCAUGAGUGCAUGUGAGGAAAAAUUGACACCAACUUGAACUUCUUUUUAUUUUGGGUUUAAUGCGGAAAUCGUUUAUUCGUUACAAUGCACGAUAGACUUCUGCCAGCAUCUCCGAACUGGUACUGUUCACGUUGCAGUGAUGUAAAUGUUAAUGGAGUGUUAGGUUUUGGAGCAAAAAACACCAUUUACCUGGUUAAAGUGACCGCAGCAUCUCCAACAGUCAUAGGUGAACUCACUGGGCACACCGAAAGAGUCUCUGGUUUUGCUUUCUGCCACUAUAAUGGACAGGAAAACAUUUGUGCCAGUACUUCAGAUGAUAAGACAGUUAAAAUCUGGGAUGCUGAUCAGCGAGUUUUGGUGACGGAGCACAAUGUGCAUCAGAACACCAUCACUGCAGUCCAUUGGUCUCCAGUGCAGAAGCAUCUGGUGGUCACAGGAGAUGAGAAAGGAAUUGUGGUGUGUUAUCGGUACAGCAGUAACGACACCCAGAGCUUCUUCCCUGAACCUCGAACCAUCUUCUGCUUAUCCUGCUCACCGCACGAGGAAAACUACAUUGCAGUGGGCUAUAAGGAUGGAAUGAUCGUAGUGAUAGACAUCAGUAAGAAAGGAGAUGUGAUCUGUCGGCUAAGAGGCCACGAUGAUGAGAUUCACGCCUUGGCUUGGUGUCCUCGGCCCAGAGAAGAGCCGCUGUAUGGACGAUCAGAAGAGAACACGGAUGGAAGCAAUGGGUUGACAGAAGGAGCAGAUGUAGGAUGUUACCUGGCCUCAGGCAGUCGAGAUCAGACCGUGCGGAUAUGGAGUACCGCCAGAGGCAAAGGUGUCACAACCCUAAAACUUCCCUUCUUGAAACGGAGAGGAGCUGGGGUUGAUCCAGGGGUAAAGGAAAGAUUGUGGCUUACUGUGCAUUGGCCUAAGGGAAGAUCUUCACAGAUUGUGUCUAGCUGUUUUGGUGGCGAAAUUGUCAUGUGGGAUCUGAUGAAGUCGGGCAAGCAAAAGUGGUGUCUUUUGGGAAGUUCGGCGGAUGGACAGAAUCACGGCCGUAUCGUCUUCAACAUGACCUCCUGUCAUUUAGGGGAGAGAGAGCUUCUGCUCAGCACCUCGAUGGAUAGAGAAAUUAAAUGCUGGGAUCUGGAAACCCUGGAGUGCUGCUGGACAUUGCCUACUUUGGGAGGGUUUGUGUACUGUCUGAGUUUCUCUCCGGUGGGAACCGGCUGUCUGGCUGUAGGGGUCGGUGACAGCAUGAUCCGGGUGUGGAACAGCCUCUCUAUUCAGAACCACUAUGACAUUAGGACUUUUUGGCAAGGGAUCAAGUCAAAAGUGACAGCUUUGGCAUGGCAUCCAUUAAAAGAGGGCUCGCUAGCCUUUGGCACGGAUGAUGGCAAAGUGGGAAUCUAUGAGGUUUACUCUAACAAACCGCCUCAAAUCUCAAGCACCUACCACCGCAGAACGGUCUAUUCUCUGUCGUGGGGUCCUCUUGUGCCGCCCAUGUCUUUCGGUGGUUCAGAAGAUAAGCCUUCAUACAGUUUAUACAGUUGCGGUGGGGAGGGCGUCAUCUUUCAGCAUGACCCCUGGAAACUUUCAGGAGAGGCCAGUAACAUUGACAAGCUCAUCUGUGACACCAACAACAUCAAACACAAGAUGUCACCGCACACAGACCUCAGCUGGAAGCCAGAUGGCAGCGUUCUGGCCACAGGAAAUGAAGAUGGGUCCAUAGAUGUAUUUAGAGCUCCGACGCUAAAGAUCCUGUGCUCGAUUCAGCAGCAUCGUAAGAUCAUUAAUGCCUUACGUUGGCACCACGAGCACUCGUCUCAAGCUGAGCUGCAGUACAUGCUCGCCUCCGGCUCUAGCAACGCUACGGUCUACGUCCACGACCUCAGGAGUGCCAUAGAAACCCCAUCAGAGAGUUCAGUGUUGGUGACCGAACCAUUCAGGACUCUGUCUGGUCACACCAAUAAAAUCACCGGUCUAGCGUGGAGCCCCCAUCACGAUGGGCGUCUGGUGACGGCGUGUUAUGAUGGGACCGCACAGGUGUGGGAUGUGCUGAAAGAGGAGCCUGUGUGUAACUACAGGGGUCAUUCGGGUCGUCUGCUGUGUGUGCAAUGGUCUUCAGUUCACCCCGAUCUGAUCUGGACUGGUGCAGACGACUUCACCUUGCAUGAAUGGGCCGUGUCCAAACAGGAGCAUCUCACACCCCCCAAAAGUAAGAAACGCGUUGAGAUGGAGAAAAAGAAGGGGCCGCAGAAAAAGGCCAAGAAGAAAAAGAAAACACCAGGUAAAGGAGGGAUGAAGGCAGAAUUGCCAUCAGGAGAGGAACAUAAAAGAGCAGCGGGCAGUGGAGCAGAAGAUCAACAGUCAGACAAUGAGGAGGAAGAAGAGGAGAGAGAGAGCACAGACGCUCCAUCCGUCACGGGUUGGUCCGGAGAGAGAGGCGUGGACGUGAGCACCGCCGAGAGGGUUCAGAACGGAGAAAAGUUCAUCCAUGCAGUUAAAAGAGAGGUCAAAGAGGAGAGGAGACGAGAGAAAUCAGAUGUUUCUCUUAAGAAACGAAAGCCACGCUCGAUUCUCCCGCUCAGCACCACGAUGGAUCACAGACCCAAAGAGGAGCUUCAGCAGGACUGUCUUACACUGGCUACAGUCAAACACUCGCACGGACAAGGAAUGUGUGUUCCAGGUUCUGGAGAUCACAUCCAGCUCGGCCUCUUCGCGGACAGGGACGCCCUCUACAGGAUGUUUCAGGAGGAAGAGGAGAGUCACGUGGAGAUGGGUCAUUAUGAAUCUGUGGUGUAUCUGAGGCUGUUUAAAGGAGACCUGAUUGGAGCUUUAAACCUCGCUACAGAAAAAGGAGAACUGAACGACCAUCUCCUCAGUUUGGCUCCUAUGGCUGGGUAUCAGGUUUGGGUCAGGACUGUAGAGGCGUAUGUGAAGCAGCUCUGUCUUCACGAGCAGUUCCUCAAAGCCGCCUCGCAUCUCAUCUCCAUCCAUAAAAUCUACGAGGCCAUCGGCCUUCUGAAGAGCCAUCAGUUAUACCGGGAAGCCAUAGCGUUGGCUAAAGCCAGACUUCAGCCAGAAGAUCCGGUUCAGAGAGAUCUGUAUAUGAGCUGGGCGGCAGUGCUGGAGAAAGAUGGGCAUUACGCUACUGCAGCCAAAUGUUACCUUUCUGCAGACUCCGGCUUCGACGCAGCUAAAGUGAUCGCCAGGAAGGGCGACGUGACGUCUUUAAGGACGGCAGCUAAUCUGGCACGUCUGUCUGGAGAAAGCGAGCUGGCACAUUCCCUCACUCUCAGAUGUGCCAAAGACUUGAUGCUGUCCCAGGAUUGGCUGACCACACAGGAAGUCUUAAAAACUCAAGACUCUCUUGUGGCUCACGGGCUGCUGUUCUGUGUGAAUGAACUUCUCACUCAGAGGCUCGCUGAUACAGGUGUGGUGACGUGGACUGUGUCCUCUUCACACGAUUGGGCUAAAUGUCAGGAUGUGAAAUUCAUCUGCUCAGUACACAAGGUGUGGGAGAAAGAGUUCAGCGUGACGGCUGAUGAUUUGGUUAAAGUGAAAACACUCCAUCAACAACUCCGAGACAUUGAGAAUCCUCCGGUCACUGCCAAUGUCCCAAUGAAACAACUCUUAUCUCACAUCUCAUUGGACGUUGCACUGUGUGCAUUGAGUCAUCUGUCGUGUGAUUGGUCAUCUGUACUAGAGGAACUAUUGCGAGCAUUGACUGGAGGUUUUGUGGUGGGCCACUUCACGCUAUUGGCUGAGAUGAGUCAGCUGCUUCUACCACAAGGUUUGGACUCUGUGGCGUUCUACAAAAAGAAACUAGACCCAUCUGAUGAGAAAAGCUUGGCGAUUUCUCAAAACAUGGAGGCUUUUGUCUGUUAUCAGUUUUUGUAUAAGAAAUGGUGGAGCUGUGGUACAAAUGCAUCCACUUUGACCACUAAUAUGAAUAACGGUCAACAUUUGAUUGAGAACAAACAGUCAGAUGAUGCGAACUUUAAUGGAGAGGGUUUGUCUGAGGACUUCUGGAAGGUUUGUCUCUCUGAACCUCACGCCAGUCUUCAAUCCACCCAGAGAGCCACAGCAGAGAUCCAGAGGAAAGUGUCAAACCUGAUUCAGCAACACAACCCAUCUAAAGACACAGAGACAGAAACAUCUGCUCAUCAACCUGAAGGAUCUAACAGGGAUGGAAGUGAAACUUUUGCUUUUCUGACCGCCCGGAUUGUUGAACACAGCAAAGAGCUUGCUGCUAUUCCUGAGAUUAUCAAAAAAUACCCAUUUCCUGAUGUGAUGGAGUGUUGUAUUGUCUUUCUGUACAUGGACAGACACUUCGCAUUGGUCCCACAGCACAUCUGCACAGAAGCCACCAAGCUGUUACAGAAAUAUGGAUGUACAGCAUCACUCAGUAAAGCCUGGCAGAGACUGACACACUAGCACUUCACAUCAUUACUUUUGUAAAAUUCACCUGAAGAACUGUAUGUCUGUACUUAAUAAACAAAUAUGAA